AAUACGAGGGUAGGGGAGAUAACAUAAAGUUUUUGCCUGAGGUUCUCAGGAUUUAUUCCAGGGAUGAACAGUGUCCUGGCAGAGAGAGAAAGAGAUACAGAAAGAAAUAUGAUGGGCAGCUUCUUUGAAGCAUCUACUAUAACAAUGAAGACCAUUCUCAACAACCAGACCGUGGACAUUCCAAAGAAUUUCGACAUCUCUCUGAAGGGCCACAUGGUCAUCGUGAAGGGCGCCAGAGGCAACCUGCAGAGGGACUUAAACCACAUCAACAAAGAGCUCAGUCUCUUUGGAAAGGAAAAGAAGCGGCUCCAAGUUGACAGAUGGUGGGGAAAUAGAAAGGAACUGGCUACUGUUCACACUAUCUGCAGCCAUGUACAGAACGUGAUCAAGGGAGUUACACUGGGCUUCCGAUACAAAAUGAGGUCCAUGUAUGCUCACUUCCCUAUCAACUUUAUUAUUCAGGAGAAUGAGUCUCUUGGUGAAAUCAGAAAUUUCUUGGGAGAAAAAUACAUACGCAGGGUUCAAAUGAGGUCAGGUGUUGCAUGCUCGGAAUCACAAGCCCAGAAAGAUGAAUUAAUUAUUGAAGGAAAUGACAUUCAACUUGUAUCAAAUUCAGCUGCAUUGAUUCAGCAAGCUACAACUGUUAAAAACAAAGACAUCCGGAAAUUUUUGGAUGGUAUCUAUGUUUCUGAAAAAGGAACAGUUUAGCAGGCUGAUGAAUAAUCUCUAAGGUGUCCAGCCACACAAGCAGCAAAAUAAUGGGAUGAUGUAUGAUCUCUUAAAAGAUUCAAUAAAGGGAGUCGGGUGGUAGCACAGCGGGUUAAGCGCAGGUGGCGCAAAGCACAAGGAUGGGUGUAAGGAUCCCAGUUCGAGCCCCUGACUCCCCACCUGCAGGGGAGUCGCUUCACAGGUGGUGAAGAACAUCUGCAGGUGUCUGUCUUUCUCUCCCCCUCACUGUCUUCCCCUCCUCUCUCCAUUUCUCUCUGUCCUAUCCAACAACAACAACAAUAAUAACUACAACAAUAAAACAACAAGGGCAACAAAAGGGAAUAAAUAAAUAAAAUAAAUAUAAA